AUGAUGAAUAUUUUAUAAGAGAAAGACAGAAAUAACUUUGUUUGGUAACCAAUUUUAUUUUAUAAUUGGGGACUUGAUAAACUUAGUGUUUUUACAAGAAUAACAGGAUUAGCUAGAAAUAUGUUAAUGAUGGGAGCACUUAUACCUUUUAACAUAAAUAUUAUGAGUGUAUAUACUGCAUCAUUAUAAUUAUAUAUUGAAGGAGAUUUUUGUCAUCCAACUUAUUAAAUGGAAGACAUAAUCUGUUAUAUAAGAUGGCUUACCUUAAUUAAAAGAUCUCUUAAAAUCAAACCAAUUUAUUGCCAUACUAUAUCAGGUCCUACAUCUGGUUCAAAUAUAUGGUAAGAAUUUAUUGAAUGGGUAAGAUAGAAUAAGAGAUGGAGUGUGGGAUCAGCUGGAGUUUUCCAUUAUUUUAUUAUUAAAGCUUCAAGAAUUAAUUUAUGCUCAGCUUUUCUAUGGGCUUGUAAUUAUCUAAAUUAUUAUGCAUCAUUUAUUUGUGUUUUAAAGUUUAUUAUUAAUAACAACAACUAUUAGACUCUUUGCUAUGGAAACUGAUCCUAUCCUAUAAUAGUAUUUUAUUAUACCUCUAAUUGCAGUGUAUAUUUGCCUUUUCUUUAUGAUAUUUAUGAAAAAAAUUGCAGUAAAAUAUCUUUUAAAAGAUAUUGUAAUAGAAAAAAUACCUAUUUGGAAAGAUUUCUUUCAUUGGAUAUUAAGUCUAAUAGUCAUGGUUGGAUAUGGAUUAACAGUGUUUUAUGGAUUCUGGGAAAUAUUUUUUUGUGGAAAAGGUGUCUGCACUCAUGAGCCAUCAAAGAAAAAAGUACUUGAUAAUAUAGUCUAACGUAAAGAUGAAACAAAAGUUCCCAUAUAAGAAUUAUAAACUGAAAAAUGA